AUAACAGCGGUGAAUAUCCCUUCUGUGAACAGCCCUUCUCGAUUUGCUCAGUAUGCGGCUACAAGACUUAUUUUCAUUGGGCUGAAAGGUUUACCAUUGAUUCCGCCUUUGAAAGGUUCACCAUGCAUCUGGAUAGUACAUCCCAUCAACAGAAGUUGUCGGCACUGCCUACUAUAAGUAGGCAACUCCAAUACAUGAGUGCACCAACUUCCUGAGAAAAACAUGGAGGCAGUAACAUCGGUCUUUUGGGACAUCAGGACGUGUCCGGUUCCACCUGGCUGUGAUCAUCGUCGGGUCGGUCCGUGUAUUAAACGGUUUUUGGGGAAUAAAGGCUACUCUGGUCCUCUCACCAUCACUGCCAUUGGGUCACUAACAGACUUCCCUCGUGACUUUCUGGAAGAAGUCUAUUCCAGUGGAGUCUCUCUACAUAAAGCUUUCGGCGAAAGAGCGUUUGUAGACACUUUGGAUGGACUUAUUAUUGAUUUUACCUUCAAGAAUGAACCUCCAGCUAAUAUAAUGGUCAUAUCCGACGGAAAAUACUUCACUUCUAAGUAUGCUUUCGAGCUAGAAUCGACUGGAUACACUAUUAUGCCAUCUAAUACUCUGCCAGAAGUUGAGGAUGAUAGAUGCAUUGAUGAUAAGUGCAUUGAUGAAACGAGUGAGUCUGCCUUCUGGAUUUGCUCAGUAUGCGGCAUGGAUACACCUUCCCAAGGCUUUCAAAACUUCACCAAUCAUGUUCAUAGUAGGCAACAUCAACAUGAGUGGAGGGAAUGGGUUGCCUUUGAAUCAUUUGGUCGAGAAUAAGAAGAAGUGAAGAAGGCCCGUUUUUCAAGUCUCGUUUCCUUAAGAAGAACUUAAUUAUGCUUAUUUUCUCGUUUUUUGUUUGUUGGUAUUAAUACUUUUAAGUAAAA